UAAUUUAUUUUUAUUUAAAUUACCUAUAUUUUACCAUUUGCGUAACAUGAAACGUUACGGAACAACUGUCAAAAUAUAUCAAUUCGGUCAAUUGUCCAAUUGUCAUAAAUACGAACCCGAAAAUUUUAAACUGAGUGAAUAAUAUGUAAUUUAGUGCUAACUGCAUAUUCAUCCACCUAAACUAAAAUGACUCGCAAUAUGGGUGAUGACAGUAUAUUAUUAAGAUUAUAUAAAAGGAAGUACAUGAUAGUACUGACCACGUUAACAGUUGCAAGUUAUAUUGUUUAUCAAGUGUGUUUAUUCUUCACAAUAUCCGAUCCGUCGACUAACAGAUUCACGCCUUUAGUGGAUCGUUUAGAAGUGAAGGAUAUGAAGCAUUUGCGCUCGGAAGCCGAUAGAUAUAUAAACGAGAACGGUGUGAUACGAGGUGUGUUCUACCCAUACAUGAAGAAGUACCGGCCAGAUUCGAACAAUGAAUUUAAAUGUUUGAAUUCCGAACAGAAAAUACCGUAUGACCUUAUAAAUGACGAUUACUGUGAUUGCGAGGAUGGUACGGACGAACCCAGCACCAAUGCAUGCCCCAAUGGCAUUUUUUACUGUGAUUUCCAGCUAUCGAAGCCUAUCGCUUUACACCAAGUAGCGUCCAGUAGAGUUAACGAUGACAUAUGCGACUGUUGUGAUGGUUCUGAUGAAUUUCUUCACUCUAACACAAAAUUGCUGUCGCAAAGCUCUUCCAGGCACUACAGGCAUUAUGUGACAAAAUGUCCCAAUAUUUGUCAAUAAAGUCAUAUAUGUAAAGGUUUUAAAAGUGUUCCAAUAUACAGACAUUAUGAAUGUUUGUUAGGUUUUUAAAUAUAUAGCAAGAGUUUGUCAUUCAGCCAGCUCAGCUCUUAUCACAUGUAAAAUAAUUCAUAGAUAUCCAUGAAAACAUCUUGCCACUGCAAUUAUAAAGUCUUUAAAUAAUUUAAACUUUGAAAACCCACAAUAUCUGGUAAAAAAUAUGCGACAUUUAUAUAAUUCAUUCUUUCCAUGCCAUGUUACAAUGUAAAUCAUAAUUUAAUUUACAAAUUAUUGUUAAAACCUAGAACUUUUUGCUAAAUAGAUUAUGUAAUAAAUGUACCAAAUUACUCAGUUCAUUAAACUGUAUUUUGCUUUGCUGGGAACUUUGAAUAGGGAGGAAAGAUUGAAUCAUAUAACAUGACUUAGAAUUGGUGUUUAGGAACAGUUUUCGUAAUAACUUCUGUAAAUACAAUUUAUAGUAGUUUCAUGAUAUCAAGGGUGAGAUCUAUCACACAUUUUGAAAAUUUGAGACGGAGUCAAGAAUGGGGAAAUUAUUAUAUAUUUACGAAAACCAACAUUUUUAGAUUUAAAAUACGUGUAAAGGUCUUAAUUUGGAAAUACUUGUAAAACAGGCUAUCUGUGGCUAUUUUUGACUCCUUCAUGUACUAACUUGAAGUUAGCUGCAUAGAUCUCACCCUAAGUCUACUUUUAAGUUGUAAGAAAUGUUAAGACUGAAAUGUUUGUAAAUAUUAAAUUAUUUCACAUAAACAAAUUUUACUUAAAUUCAGACAAAUCCUUUAUUUUCUCACAGCCUUAAAGAUAAGAACAAGCAAGGUAUUAAACAAUUGAACAAAAGACAUAGUGCCAUUGCCAUCACAACUAAUGAAAAUUUGUUAUAAUCAGUUUAAUUUCUAAAUAAUACCAUUAUAAAAUAUAUUGUUGAUGAGUACUGAGUAGUUAUAAUAAUAUUGUGUUUUGUUAUUUUUAGUAGCAAGAAAUAGCUACUGUGUAAAAUUUUUGGGUAUAAAUAAAAAUAAUUCAGUACGGUAAGUUUUAGCACAUGUAAAAAAUUUAAAGAGCAACAAAAAUAAAAUUCAAGUGUUCAAACCGAAAAUAUAAUGAGAACAUAAUUCUAACUGCUUGCGCGUAUUUUGAUUUUUGCCUCCCAUACAAUGUAAAUACUACCUACAUCGGCAGAAUAUCUACAGAUUCUACUAUUCUACUAUUUUAAUUCCCAAUACCUCAGAUCUACCAAUUGUCAUGUCUAGAAUUUUCUAUGGCCAUGUUCAUUUGACGUUAUCAGAAUAAGGUAGUGCAGUAAUAAACCACGGUAAAGGAAAUCGAUUUAUUUACCGUUUUACACACCAAGACUUUAAAUUGAAUCAUCAUCAAAAUUUUGUUUAUGCAUAUUAAACCUUUCGAAAAUUAAAGUUUAGUAACACUAUUAAAAUGGUUAAAUCGUCAAACAAUUAGAUGGAUACUACUAAGGUCACAAUCGAUUCCGGUAAUUGAUUGUUAAAGUUAGUUAAUACAAUAUAUCGUUACCUCCCUAUUCAAUUCAAUCAUUUAUAAAUUGACCGGCGGGUGUUGCGGUUGAAUUUUCGAGAAAAUUAUUCAAAGAAAUAUUUACGCGAAGGACAGCGUGCUCUCCCAUUGUUCAAUUUUGUGAAUAAGUUAUUUAUUAAACCAAAAUGACCGUCGACGAAGGCGUUGAUAUCACAGGCGAUCGCGGAGUUUUGAAGAGGAUCAUCAAAGUUGGCGAGGGUACGGAGACACCGAACCAAGGCUGCCAUGUGUCUGUGCAUUAUACCGGGACAUUAUUAGACGGGACAAAGUUCGAUUCCAGUCGGGAUAGGAAUGAACCCUUUCAAUUCUGUCUAGGAAAAGACUCGGUGAUAAAGGCAUGGGACAUCGGCGUGGCGACGAUGAAGAAGGGUGAGGUGUGUGUGCUGACGUGCGCGCCGGAGUACGCCUACGGCGCCUCGGGCAGCCCGCCAAAGAUACCGCCCAACGCGACACUGCAGUUCGAAAUUGAAAUGCUUGACUGGAAACUGGAAGAUUUGAGUCCGGACAAGAAGAACGGCAUCCUGCGACACAUCAUCACAAAGGGCAGCGGUUUCGACAGCCCCAACGAUGGUGCUCUGGUCACAGUCGAACUCGAAGGCAAACUGCAGGCGGACGGCAAGGUUUUUGACACCAGGACGGUAACAUUCAACCUUGGAGAAGGCAGCGACCACAACAUCUGCGAAGGAGUCGAGAGAGCCCUAGAGAAGUUCCUCAAAGGAGAGAAGUCACGGCUCAUCAUCAAACCCAAGUAUGCCUUCAAGACCAAAGGAAACCAGGAGUUGGGUGUGCCACCAGAUGCAACCGUUGAGUAUGAGGUCACGUUGACCAACUUCGAGAAGGCGAAAGAUUCUUGGCAGAUGGACGGUGCUGAGAACUUGGAUAAUGCAAAGAUAUUUAAGGAAAAAGGAACAAAUUACUUCAAGGAGUCCAAGUAUCAGCUGGCCAUUAAGAUGUACAAGAAAGUGGUCUCGUUGCUUGACGACUUGGCGAAUAACACCAUCGAACCAGAAGAGAUCAGGGCGAAGGCCAAAGAGCUGUUGACAUCGGCACACUUGAACUUGGCCCUGGUGUACCUGAAGGUGACUCCGGUGCAUCACUUCGAAGCCAGGGAGCACGCCACGAAGGCGCUCAAGUUUGACGAAAACAACGUGAAGGGUCUGUUCAGGAGGGGACAAGCCUCACUCGGUCUCGGUGAGGCGGAGGCGGCGCUGAGGGACUUCCAGAAAGUGGUGGAACUCGAGCCGCAAAACAAGGCGGCUGCCAACCAGUUGAUCGUGUGCCGCGCGACGAUACAGAAACAGAAGCAGAAGGAGAAGCAGCUGUACGCCAACAUGUUCGACAAGUUCGCCAAACACGACUCGGAGGUAACAGAUCGAGAAGAUAAGAGCUAGAGAACAAGUGGACGUGAUUGGGGAGAAGGUGGGCGAGUGGGGCACCGGCGAGGGCGAGUGGACGGACGAGCAACGAGACCGGAAACCGACCGAGUUUGAGAAAGAGAACCCCAACAUACUGAUGUUAGACAAGGACGGACAGUUUGAGAACAUGUGAGCAGUUUGUUUGUAAAUUAGUAGCGCAUUGUUCCUUUGUACAUAACGACUUCAAUCUCAUGGGAGUGGUAGGAUCUUACGAAAAAAUCGCCAAGAGCUGAUACGCAAAUAAGACGGCAUAAUUGUGUCGACUAGCGAGGAGUUUCCAUCCAUACCAUCUCUCGUCAGUCGACAAUAUCUGGGCAUUACUGAACUUAACAUUAGAUGCAGUGGGUUGCAAUUGCUAAGGCCGUAUUAAAAAAAGAAAUUAUAAGCUGCAAAACUACGAUACUAUACUUUGCAUACAGACCAUAAUCAGCAUUAUCAUAAUAUAUCAGACCAAUUAUGCCGGAACAACACUAUGACCAACGACAAUUACGUACUAUGUGAAAUCAAAUACCACAUUUAUAAAUUUAAAUUAUUGCUUCAAGUCGUGGACGCCUUGGUGUGGCCCCAUCAUGAAAUUAGAAUAUCUCCUUCAUAGUGAGGUUUUGCUUUUUCAUAUUAGAUAGAAAUUGUUUUAUAGGUGGUGAGAUUUUAGUCAUUAUGUACCAGGGAUUUUAGUUUAGGGCUGCUGUCUUAGUAUUACAUAGACAAAUGGUAAAAAAAUAGGUACAUAUUGUGGGCGAUGGGUGUGAAUGAGUGACUAUCCAUGAAAAAUAGUGUUUGAACGAAAGAGAAUGCAUUUGGUAUUGUGGCAGCCCUAUUAUAAAUAAUCUAAUCUAACCUUAAACAACGGUAACCACAAAAAUAUUCUUGCGUAAAGAUUUUUACUUCAAAGUAUAAAAUUACUUCUGGUUUUUAAUCGGGAUUUUUUUAAAAAUUUUAACUUAAAUUCAGCUGUUCCGGUAAAAUACAUUGAAGCAUAAUAAGUGACAAGAAUAAAACUGUAUACCAACGAAAUGUCAAUCAUAAAGGCUAGUUUCCUAUGUUCGAUUUUUUUUAUUAUUUUAUAUGUAACAGAAAAUAAUAUUAAAAAAAAAUUCUUCUGUGAAAUCAGCAUCAAUAUUGAUUGAAAAAUAAAGUCGUUAUCUAUAUUUGAAAUAUUGUUGUAAGCAAAAGUGGGGGCGUGGUGGGGCUAUCGCGCUGUCCUUUUCUCACUCAAGCAGCUAUAUGGCCAGUGGCACUGGGUGACGUCACAUUUCACUAAUACUGUAAUUUGACAGCUUCCUUUUCCACCAAAUUUCAAAGUUUUAUUUUUAUUAUUUCGUGGAGUUUGAAAAUUCUUUUUUCGAUACAUUUCGAAUGAAUUACAUAUAUGAUAAUUGUAUUUAAAAAAGUCGUCAACUACCCUAUUACAUUAAAUAGACAUUGAUAUAAUAAUCGCAGUUUAUACCCCACCACUGCUAACUUCCAAAUAACGUGUAUUCAUAUUUGUUAUUGUUUGCUUUUCGGUGAUGGGGAAACAUCGUGAGUAACCUUCCAUACCAGAGAUCUUCAUGAGAUUUGUUACUGUCAUCGAUCCGCACUGACUUACAAUGUUAUGUUCAGUUUAGCGAUGUUGUUGUACAUGUUGAGUUACACUUGUUGCACAACAAUUGUGUAAUAUGUGGUCUAGAACAGUCUUGAACUCCAGUAUUAAAAAAGAAAGAAUAAAAUAGUUUAUCAUUUACCAGAACAUUGUUUAGAAAUUAGCACUCGUGUGUGCCCCAAAAUCUCCAAUUCGUUAUACACAUCCACUGGCAUUUAUCUAUCAUGACUUAUUUAGGUUCAGGUAUUUAAGAAUUGUAAGAUUAAUAUUUUUGUCAAAUUAUUUGUCUAUUGUCAUUGUUGUUAACUAUACCAGCGAUAAAGACACGGCAACUUUUAAAAAAAUAUAUAUUACAUUAGUCAUACAUAAUAUUCUGUAAUUUUUUAAUAUUUGUCUUCAAUAUCAAAUUAAGAUGUUACCAUAACCGAUACAUGAAUUUUGUUAAAUUGAUGUAAACUUCCGUAGAUGCAUAGCACAAUUUUAUUGUUUUAAAAAUAUUAUGUUUUUAUGAUUUAAUGGUGUAAAACAUUUUUCAAAAGGUGAUUGGCGGUUUUUUAUAUUAUUAUACUCAUCUUUUGAACAGUGAGUGUUGCCAGUAAUAAAUUAUGGGUUGGUAUACACUGGUUUAUUAUGUAUAUUUUUUAUUGUGUAUCUCUUUUUUUAUAUCGUACUAAAUAUGUACUGUUAAAAAAAUGAAAUAAGUUACAAAUCUAUGUAUUAGCGAUCUCUUCACCAAAUCGAGUAUGUAAGUAAUUUGUUUUUAAGUAUAUUUCAAACAAUUCCAGUCUUAGUUUGUAUCGUUAAGAUCUUUUACAUAUGGUCAAUAUUGAAGAUGCAGUAGUGCGUAAGCCGAAGUACUAUCAGACGAACAUCUCUGUUCAAUUGUAUAAAAGAAAGCAUUCUUAUCUCCAUCACAUAAAGGCUAUACUAUCUUCAAUAUAGGCCACAUGUACACGGUCCAUAAGUUCACUCGCUGUGUUUUGUUAUUAUGGUAAUAAAUAAAUUUAGUUUUUAUGUA